GAAACCUUCAUCAAAAUAUUCUCAACCCGAUACUUCACAAAAUAACCCACCUUCAUCAACCUCUUCUCAACUUAAUAGAUCACGAUAUAAUACAACAAAUGUUUUAGCUUUAAUAGGCCAAAUACCUUCAACACCUCCUCGAUCUAAAGCACAAACUUCAUCAACAACUUCUCAACUUAAUACACUAAAAAAAUUCACAACUUUAUCAACAACUCAACUACGACCUCAGCUAACGGCAUCACGGUUCGCAACAACUUUAUUGACACCUCCUCAUCUCAUUAUACGAAACAAUAUACCUACAGUAUCUUCUCAAACUUCUAAUCAAACUUCUUCUCAAAUUUCUAGCGAAAAAUUUUCUCAAUCUUUCAGUCAAACUCCUUCACAAUCAUCCAGCUGA